CCGGGGCGCAGCCGCCAGGGCGAAGGUUACUUUCCGAUACCUUCCCCUCCCCGCCCCACUUGGACGGGCUUGCAGAGCGUUACGUUGACAAGGCUCUUAUUAUUUAUUUAUUUUUUGUCACCAACCUGUGGCGGAAUUUGCAGUUGCGUAUUGGCUCUGAUUCGCCCCGCCCCGAAUGACGCCUGCCUGGGGGCUGUGAAAGUACAGCCGCGCCGCCCCAACUCAUCCUGGACACAGAAAUCAGCACGUGUCCCGCGAACCCCGCAAUCUCUGUGCCCACAAAAUACACGGACUGACGUCCGAUCUACUUUAAGAGUUGAAACCUACGGGCCUGGGGGGCGAAGAGCGUUCCCUCCUGCCAUGGGACAACUGAGACAGAGCGCCCCGGCCGCUUCGGGGGCCCGGAAAGGGCGCGGCCCAGGACCCAGGGAGGCGCGGGGAGCCAGGCCUGGGCUCCGUGUCCUCAAGACCCUUGUGCUCGUCGUUGCAGCCGCCGCAGUCCUGCUGUCGGUCUCAGCUGACUGUGCUCCAAUCACCCGACAAUCCCUAGAUCCCCAGCGAAGAGCGGCUCCACAACAAAAGAGAUCCAGCCCCAUAGAGGGAUUGUGUCCGCCUGGACACCACAUCUCCGAAGACAGUAGAGAAUGUAUCUCCUGCAAAUAUGGACAGGACUACAGCACUCACUGGAAUGACUUCCUUUUCUGCUUGCGCUGCACCAAGUGUGACUCAGGUGAAGUGGAGGUGAAUUCCUGCACCACGACCAGAAACACGGUGUGUCAGUGCGAAGAAGGCACCUUCCGGGAAGAAGAUUCCCCCGAGAUUUGCCGGAAGUGCCGCACAGGGUGCCCCAGAGGGAUGGUCAAGGUCAAGGAUUGUACGCCCUGGAGUGACAUCGAGUGUGUCCACAAAGAAUCAGGUACAAAGCACACUGGGGAAGUCCCAGCUGUGGAGAAGACAGUGACCACCAGCCCUGGGACUCCUGCUUCUCCCUGUUCCCUCUCAGGCAUCAUCAUAGGGGUCAUAGUUCUCGUCGUAAUCGUGGUUGUGGCUGUGAUUGUUUGGAAGACUUCACUGUGGAAGAAAGUCCUUCCUUACCUGAAAGGCGUCUGCUCAGGUGGUGGCGGGGACCCUGAGCGUGUGGACAGUAGCUCACAUUCCCCACAACGGCCUGGGGCUGAGGACAAUGCCCUCAAUGAGAUCGUGAGUAUCGUGCAGCCCAGCCAGGUCCCUGAACAGGAAAUGGAAGUCCAGGAGCCAGCAGAGCAGACAGACGUCAACACUUUGUCCCCAGGGGAGUCAGAGCAUCUGCUGGAACCGGCAAAAGCUGAAGGGCCUCAGAGGAGGGGGCAGCUGGUUCCAGUGAAUGAAAACGACCCCACUGAGACUCUGAGACAGUGCUUCGAUGACUUUGCAGCCAUCGUGCCCUUUGACGCCUGGGAGCCUCUCGUGAGGCAGCUGGGCCUCACGAACAACGAGAUAAAGGUGGCCAAAGCUGAGGCAGCAAGCUCCAGGGACACCUUGUAUGUGAUGCUGAUAAAGUGGGUCAACAAAACCGGGCGGGCCGCCUCUGUCAACACCCUGCUGGAUGCCUUGGAGACGCUGGAAGAGAGACUUGCCAAGCAGAAGAUUCAGGACCGCUUGUUGAGCUCCGGAAAGUUCAUGUAUCUAGAAGAUAAUGCAGACUCUGCCACGUCCUGAGUGUGAAUCUCUUGAGGAAAUCAGACCUUCCCUGGUUACCUUUUUUCUGGAAAAAGCCCAACUGGACUCCAGCCAGUAGGAAACUGCCACAAUUGUCACAUGACCAGUAGUGGAAGACACUCUCCCAUCCAACAUCACCCAGUGGACGGAACAUCCUGGGACUUUUUCACUGCACGUGGAAUUAUUUUUGUAAGCGGAAUGUGAACACUAUGUAAAUAUCUAGAUCAUUCUAUGUUUGUGUGUAUUUUGAGAUUUGGUUUGGGAUGUCCUAUUGUCUUUACAGCACUUUAUCCUAAUAUAAACGCUUUAUUUAUUUAUGUGGGCUACAUUGCAAGAUCUAUCUGGCUUAGCAUUUAUGCAGUUGAUGUCCAACUUCACUUGACACUAUAUGAUGUGAAUUUUUUUCGGGGGGAGGGGGAGUGGUUCACUCUGUCUCCCAGGCUGGAGUGCAAUGGUGCAAUCUUGGCUCACUAUAGCCUUGACCUCUCAGGCUCAAGCAAUUCUCCCACCUCAGCCAUCCAAAUAGCUGGGACCACAGGCGUGCCCCACCACGCCCGGCUAAUUUUUUGUAUUUUGUCUAGAUAUGGGGGGCUCUCUAUGUUGCUCAGGGUGGUCUCGAACUCCUGGACUCAAGCAGUCCGCCCACCUCAGACUCCCAAAGUGCUGGAAUUAGAGGCAUGAGCCCCAGCACCUGGCCUUACCUUUCUACUUUUAUAAUUCUGUAUGUGAUUAUUUUAUGAAUAUGAAGAAACUUUAGUAAAUGUACUUGUUUACACAGUUAUGUGAAUGGAUUAGGUAAACAAAAUGAGGAGACGUACAAUGGGGGAAGAAGAAAAAGUCCUCUGUAAGAUGUCACUGUCUGGGUUCCAGUUCUCCCUCAGCUGUACUUUGGUUUCAAUGACUGGCAACUUCUAAAGGGGCCAGCCUUUUGAACUGGACAACCUUACAAGUAUAUGAGUAUUAUUUAUAGGUAGUUGUUUACAUGUGAGUCGGGACCAAAGAGAACUGGAUCCAUGUGAAGUCCUGUGUGUGACUGGUCCCUACCUGGGCAGUCUCAUUUGCACCUGUAGCCCCUAUCUAUGGACAGGCUGGGACUGAGGCAGACGGGUUAGAUCACAUACAGCAAAUAGGGUCUAUGUCAUAUCCCAUUUCCAGUGAAUGUAGUGAACUUGAGCCUGUUUAGGUUCAAGAGAGAGAGGACAAAAUCUGUCUCCCACGUCUGCCAUGGCAUCAAGGGGGAAGAAUAGAUGGUGCUUGGGAGUUGUAUGAAAUGGUUGCCAUCUCAGGAGUAGAUGGCCCAGCUCACUUCUGGUGAUCUGUCACCCUAAGCCACUGAGUUGCAUUUUAGGGUACAGAUUCCCUACUUGAGGAGCUUGGCCCGUCUGUAAGCAUCUGACUCAUCUCAGAAAUAUCAGUUCUUAAACACUGUGGCAACAGGACCUAGAAUGGCUGACGCAUUAAGAUUUUGUUCUUGUGUCCCGUUCUAUUAUUGUUUUAAGACCUCACUAACCAUUUCAGCCUCUUUCUAACAAAUCCUUCUCCACAGUAUUUCAGUCAUGGCAGGAUCAUUUAAGCAGGUAGUCAUUCCAGGAGUUUUUGGUCUUUUCUGUCUCAAGGCAUUGUGUGUAGUUUUGUUCCGGGACUGGUUUGGUGGGGACAAAGUUGGAAUUGCCUGAAGAUCACACAUUCAGACUGUUGUGUCCGUGGAGUUUUAGGAGGGGGUGGCCUUUCUGGUCUUUGCACUUCCAUCCUCUCCCACUUCCAUCUGGCGUCCCACGCAUCGUCCCCUGCACUUCUGGAAUGCACCAGUUGCUGCUACCUCCUGGUCUUUGCCUUUGCUGCGCCUUCUGUGCAGGACGCUCAGCCUCAGGGCUCAGAGGGAGCCAGUCUGGUCCCAGCUCCCUUGUCCCUUCCACAGAGGCCUUCCUUGAAGAUGUAUCUGAAGUGUCAGCCUUAUCAGUGUUUAAGAUUAUUCUUUUUUUAUUUUUUAUUUUUUGAGACAGAAUCACACUCUCUCACCCAGGCUGGAGUGCAAUGGCGUGAUCUGGGCUCACCGCAACCUCCACCUCCUGGGUUCAAGCGAUUCUCGUGCCUCAGCCUCCAGAGUAGCUGGGAUUACAGGCACCUGCCAUCACGCCUGGCUAAUUUUUGUAUUUUUAGUAGAGACGGGGUUACACCACGUUGGUCAGGCUGGUCUUGAACUCCCGACCUCAGGUGAUCCACCUCUUCCUCCCAAAGUGCUGGGAUUAUAGGCGUGAGCCACCACACCAGGCCAAGCUAUUCUUUUAAAGUAAGCUUCCUGACAACAUGAAAUAAUUGGGGUUUUUUGUUGUUUAGUUACGUUAGGUUUUGCUAUAUUCCCAGGCCAAACAGCAUGUGAUACAGGACAGCCACUUACAGUGUGUCACUCAUGGUUGGUGUCCUUUCAUGCUUCUGCCCUGUCAAAGGUCCCUAUCUGAAAUGUGUUAUAGUACAAACAAUACAAGGAAGCACAUUGUGUACAAAAUAUUUAUGUAUUUAUGAAUUCAUGACCAAAUUAAAUAUGAAACCUUAUAUAAAAA